GCAGAGCUGAGGGGCGGGGCCGGGGUGGGGCCAGAGCGGGGCGGGGCCUGCUCGGGCGCCUACCUCUGAGCGCGGCUGCGGCGGAAGCAGAGCAGUGAUCGAGCCCAGCAGAGCGAGCCGGUGGCUGCGGCGUGUGGGCUGAGAGUUAAUAGGAGUAUCCAUGGAGAACAAUGAAAAUUCAGUGGAUUCAAAAUCCAUUAAAACUUCAGAGACAAAGAUCUUACAUGGAAGCAAAUCAAUGGACUCUGGAAUAUCCUUGGACGAUAGUUACAAAAUGGAUUAUCCUGAAAUGGGUUUAUGUAUAAUAAUUAAUAAUAAGAACUUUCAUGAAAGUACUGGGAUGGCAUGUCGGUCUGGCACAGACGUAGAUGCAGCCAACCUCUGGGAAACCUUCACGAACUUGAAAUAUGAAGUUAGGAAUAAAAAUGAUCUUACAUGUGAAGAAAUUUUGGAAUUAAUGUACAGUGUUUCUAAAGAAGAUCAUAGCAAAAGGAGCAGUUUUAUUUGUGUGCUUCUAAGCCAUGGCGAGGAAGGAAAAAUUUUUGGAACAAAUGGACCUGUCGAUCUGAAAAAAUUAGCAGGUUUCUUCAGAGGGGAUUGUUGUAUAAGUCUAACUGGAAAACCUAAACUUUUCAUUAUUCAGGCUUGCCGAGGCACAGAACUGGACUGUGGUAUUGAGACAGACAGUGGUGUUGACGAUGAUAUGGCCUGUCAGAAAAUACCGGUUGAGGCAGACUUCUUGUAUGCAUAUUCUACAGCACCUGGUUACUAUUCCUGGCGAAACUCCAAGGACGGAUCCUGGUUCAUCCAGGCACUUUGUGCGGUGCUGAAGCAGUGCGCUCACAAGCUUGAGCUCAUGCAUAUCCUCACUCGUGUUAACCGAAAGGUAGCAAUAGAAUUCGAGUCCUUUUCCACUGAUUCUACUUUUCAUGCAAAGAAACAGAUUCCUUGUAUUGUGUCUAUGCUCACAAAAGAACUGUAUUUUUAAUCACUGAAGAAAUGGAUGAUUUUUUUUUUUUAAUCUGUAUGCCAAGUGAGGAAAUGGUGUGACUGAUAAACCAUAUUUUCCUCUCAUUUAAAUCUAAUCUAAUCCCCCAGCUGAUACAUGGAAACAUGUCACUUUCAUAGCAAUAAAACUACUGUGAAGCUACCUCAAACACAAUCAGGUAGUUGAAAUUGAAUUUAAUUAAGAAUAAAUAAAAAUGGAUAAUGGUACAGUCAUUAUGAGAGGAAAUGAUUGUAAAUUAACAGCUCUCAUAAUUAGCAAGUUUUAAGUGAUUAUGCUGUGCUACAAAUUUUCAAGGAAUUAUGGAAGAAUUUAAACAUUGCUAUAAUGUGUUUCAGUGAUAUUGACAAUGCUCUUGUUUCAGAGAACAUGUUCUGGUUUUUGUCAAACUGUAGACAUGACGAUGUGGAAUAAUGUAUCCUCGAACUUGGUGGUCCAUGUGCACGGUCAAAUGCUUGAAGACCUUGAUCUUAGAAUUAGUAUUUGGAGACAAGACAAUGGUAUUUUUACAUCACUCAUCUGAGCACAUGGUGUUGUGAUGUCUGUCCCGAGCAUGUCUUUGUUGUUUAAAAAAAAAAGAAAAAAUCAUCUUUAGUAUUGAAAAAGGAACUAAAUGUUUUACUUGAGAAUAUGCAAGAAAACUAAGUUGACUCUCUCAGGUUAAAUGCCACAUUAAUAGAGGGAGACAGAGUUAGGACUAUAAGGUGCUGAAAUGCAACUCUUCCCACCAGCUGCUGGGCCUCGCAUACCCACAGAAUAGCUGAAGGGCCCUUAUGCAAAACCUCAAACUUUGAUCACACUGAUAGCAGCGUGAAUUGAAGAAAUUCUAUAGGAACAUACUAAAAUACAACUUACAGAAUACACAGCGAGGUGUGAGGAAGAAACAGUAAGUCAAUCAGCUGGGCACUCGUAAGUAGAAGAUGGCUUGAGCCUGAGCAGGGACACAGCACAGCCUGUGUGAUGAAGGCAGAGCCCUAGACUACAGCUUCAGGAAAAGGAAUGCUGGCUAAUUAUCUUCAUAGGUACUGGUGUGCGUGGACGAUGCUCCCAAGGCAAGAAGCUCCAAGAGGGCUUCCCUGGUGGCGCAGUAGUUGAGAAUCUGCCUGCCAAUGCAGGGGACACGGGUUCGAGCCCUGGUCUGGGAAGAUCCCACAUGCCGCGGAGCAACUAGGCCCAUGAGCCACAACUACUGAGCCUGCGCGUCUGGAGCCUGUGCUCCGCAACAAGAGAGGCCGCGAUAGUGAGAGGCCCGCGCACCGCGAUGAAGAGUGGCCCACGCUCGCUGCAACUAGAGAAAGCCCUCGCACAGAAACGAAGACCCAACACAGCCAUAAAUAAAUAAAUAAAUAAAUAAAUAAAAUUAAAAAAAAAAAAAAAAAAAAAGAAGCUCCAAGAAACUGAACCAAAUCAAACUUCUGAAACGGAAAUUUUCCAAAGAUGGUGAGAGUCAUAAUAAAAAUUGUAGCACUUUUUUUUUUUCAAUUUUUUCAAUGACAGCUUUUAAUUGGAUGUUAAAUCAAAUUCUUAUCUGCCUUUCUGCAGAUAGCACAUUAUAUAAAAUACAGCUAGCACCAUUACCACUGUACCGGAUACACUGAAUAACAAUUCACUUCUCACUUUACACCGAGGGGGAGAAGGGCUACAGCAGUUGUCAGCCUGUAAGAAAUUAAGUAUGUAAAUUAAUGCUUAAGUGUAUGAAUAUGAAUAUGAUUUACAAGAGGCUCGGAGUGUUGUUGGGGGAAAAUCCUGAGGUCUCUCAUUCCCGUUCAACGUUAACAAGUGCUCAGUGACCUUGACAGACUGCACGCAGACAUGGGUGUGGCCACGUGUGCACGUGGCCACCAAGCUUUGGGAGCUGAAGUACUCCCGAAGAGCAAAUCCGGGACUCCUUCUGGAAUGUCCCUUUCUGCCAUCCAUGAAUGUCAGCCCAUAAAAGCAAUUUCAUUAGCAUUUCCUCAUUUUCCAAUAUAAGCGGUGAGUGUGGCCUAAUAAUAUGGGCCCUCAACCAUCCUUUGCCAAGGAUGGGAAAAAUCAUAGCACUCUCUGUGGUAAAAUUUUUGAGCAUGUUAAGUGGUAUUUUGUUGACAUUUAUAAUCAAAGGAGAAUGAUACUGUUAUGAUCAUACACGGUUCUCUGGAAUGAAAGGACCAUGGCACCCAGGAUGUUAGCAGUCAUCCAGUCUUCCCCCCUUUGGUGCCCAGGGAAACUGAAGGCCAGAGGGGAGCAGCAACGCGGCCCCGAGCCGGGGAGAGCAGGCAAGGAGCCCCCCAGCUCAGGAGGUGCUGGGCUGUGCCUGCAUCGCUGUGUCCCGCUGGUUUUCAGUCUCCCAUUUCCCGUGAGCUUUCUUUUGCUACAAGAAAGGAACUCACAUUUAUAAAUGAGAGCGAUUUGUUUUGGCUAUGUCUAUAACUUUUUCUAAGUCAAUGAAGUAUCUUAAAGUGUGUUCCUGCAUGACAAUUUUAUAAAAAAUUUGUUAUUAUGAAUUUUUAUUUCCAAAUAUAAAUUCUUACUUAAAAUUACCAUCACA